AUGCAGUUUGUACGAAAGGCCGAAGAGGCCCUGACUGGCAAGAAGAGCGAGUCGCACGAGUCGACCGAGUCUUCUAACCAUGGACCUCACAAGUCAAACUUGGCUAACAAGCUUGACCCCCGUGUCGACAGUGACCGAGACAACCGUGCUGCACACACUGAUGCUACUGGCCUUGGAGCCACCCAUGGCACAACCCAUGGCACAACCCCUGCUACAGGCACACAUAGCUCGGCCCUAGGCUCAGGAACCACUCACGGCACCACUAGCACCAACGCAGGUCCUCACGACUCCAACAUCGCCAAUAAGGCUGACCCCCGCGUCGACUCUGACCGCGACAACCGUGCUCGCCACGAAGGUCUCACUGGUGCUGGCACUACACACGGUACCUCUGGCGUGACUGGCACCGGUGCUGGUCUUGGAUCUACUCAUGGCACAACCGGCACUCACAGCUCGACUCUGGGCUCUGGAACCACUCACGGCACCACUGGCAGCACCAACGCAGGUCCUCACGACUCCAACAUCGCCAACAAGCUCGACCCCCGCGUCGACUCUGACCGCGACAACCGUGCUCGCCACGAAGGUCUCACUGGUGCUGGCACUACACACGGUACCUCUGGUGUGGCUGGCACCGGUGCUGGUCUUGGAUCUACUCAUGGCACAACCGGCACUCACAGCUCGACUCUGGGCUCUGGAACCACUCACGGCACCACUAGCACCAAUGCCGGUCCUCACGACUCUAACAUCGCCAAUAAGGCUGACCCCCGCGUCGACUCUGACCGCGACAACCGUGCUCGCCAUGAAGGUCUGACCGGCGCUGGUCUUGGAUCCACUCACAGCACCACUGGAAGCACCAAUGCCGGUCCUCACGACUCCAACAUCGCCAACAAGCUCGACCCCCGCGUUGACUCGGACCGUGACAGCCGUGCUCAGCACGCAGGUCUCUCUGGCGCUGGCACCGGUGCCGGUGCCGGUCUUGGAUCUACUCACCACACCACCGCUACAGGCACCCAUGGCUCAACCUUGGGCUCUGGAACUGGCGCUACCCACAACACUAUCCAGGAGCAGCCUGUGUACACUACCGGCGGUCCCAUUCCGACCCCUGGUAGCAGCAGCACCAACGCUGGACCUCACAGCUCCAACAUUGCCAACAAGCUCGACCCCCGUGUUGACUCGGACCGUGACAGCAGUGCUCAGCAUACCUCUGGUCUCGCUGGUUCUACUACCCACGGCACCCACACCCGUGGUGUUCCUCAUAGCCCAGCACUUGGUGGCUCUGGUCUGAACACCGCUGGUCAUCAGGAUGCUCUUGCUGGUAGCAGUUACAAUACUCCUGCCACCGGUACUACUACUGGUGCUACUGGUACCACUGGUCCUCACAGUUCAAGCAUUGCCAACAAGCUUGAUCCCCGUGUCGACUCGGAUGUUACCCGUGCUGAGAACGAGGCCCUUCACCGUCAGAUCUAG